AUGUCACUCUUAAAAAACUAUCCGACACAUAUCCCAAUUAAGGGUAUAGACCGUUUGAUAAUGGGUGCUGCCUGUUUUUUUGGCGCCACUUUACACCCAGAAAAUAAUAACUACAUCACAGGUAUUGGUGAAAUCACUGCGUUUGAACCGGUGCUUACAAGAAUUCGUGACCUGAUGCUCUCGAAUAAAGUCGGCCGUCAAAUCCUAAGGGAAAGACCACGUAUCACUUCCAAAACCUUAGAUCUUGAUUAUCUUAAGUCGCUUCCUCCUGACACUUUUGGAAACACCUACUACAAAUGGUUGCAAAGAGAAAAAGUUAGCCCUGAUACUAGAGUUCCAGUGCACUACAUUGAUGACGAAGAGUUGGCCUACGUUUUCCAGAGAUACCGCGAAUGUCAUGACUUCCAUCAUGCAAUCUCUGGCUUACCUAUUGUUCUUGAGGGUGAAAUUGCUGUCAAAGCAUUCGAAUUUGCCAAUUUUGGGUUACCGUUCGCGGGGGCUGGGGCUGUCAUCUCACCUUUCAAACUUACCCAGAAACAAAGAACUCGGUUAUUUGAUGUUUAUUAUCCCUGGUGUUUCAGUAAUGGUUUGAAUUGCAAAGGCUUGAUUAACAUUUAUUGGGAACAACAAAUGGAAAAAAAAAUAGAUGAGUUAAGGAGGGAACUAGGGAUUGAAAGUCCUCCGCCAGACAUGAGGACGUUGAGAAAAAUGGAUGGAGCCAAGAAAAUAACCUAG